CAGUUACAUCUAUUAUUUCUUGCUUUAUUAUAAUAUAAUAUAUAAUUAUAUUAAAUUAUUAUAUUAACAAUUAGUAGUGACAGCAGACAAACGAAUAUAGAGACGUGCAGCAAUAUAAUUUCAACGAAAAUGGACAAAUGGGUAGGAAAAGUUGCCGUGGUCACGGGUGCGUCUUCUGGGAUCGGAGCCGCCACAUGUAGGCAGCUGGUUGAUAGUGGAAUGAUUGUCGUCGGAUUUGCUAGAAGGGAAGAAAAACUCAAGGAGUUACGAAAAGAGCUGAUCGGAAAAUCGGGCGAAUUUCAUUACCACAUAGUUGAUUUGUGUUUGGAACAACACAUCAAAGAAGCUUUUGAAUGGGUAAAGAGAACGUUGAAAUCAAUCGACGUAUUAAUAAACAACGCUGGUGUUUGGAAAAAUAGUGACGUUUUAGGAAACCCACAAGACUGGAAACUGAUGUUUGACACCAAUGUGUUAGGACCAAGUAUUUGCAGUAAAGAAGCCGUGAAAAUCAUGAAGGAGUUGAAAAUCAACGGUCAUAUAGUAAAUAUAAAUAGUGACAUUGGUCAUUAUCCACCAACGUUAAUGGCCAACAUGUCUGUCUACAGUGCAACCAAGUUUAGUAACGUUUCAAUUACUGAAAGUUUACGAGAACUUCUGGCUUUACAUAUGUUACCUAUCAGAGUCACUAGUAUCAGUCCGGGGUUAGUAGAUACCGAAAUGGUUGAAGAUGUUAUGCCCGGCGCACCAAUAUUGACGCCAUCAAAUAUAGUUGAUGCAAUUGUUUAUGUCUUGGCAGCACCACAAUACGUUAACGUUUCUGAAAUUAUUAUUCGGCCAACAAGUGAAACAAUGUUACCGUUUAUCAAGGACGCGUUUAAAGAAUUAAAUAUUAAUUUGUAAUUAUUCAUAACGCGUAUUCACUA